AUCAAAGAUGAUGCAGCAAAAGUGUCCCAACAUACCGACAGUGUUUGCCGGGGCGGAUGUGUUCAUUACGGGGGGUUCGGGAUUUAUGGGUAAAGUGCUCAUCGAGAAGUUACUGCGAUCAUGCCCACAGAUUGCACGUGUUUUUGUACUAAUGCGUGGCAAAAGGGGCAAAUCGCUCGACGAACGUCUGAAGACGAUCACCGACGGUGUGUUGUUCGAUGUGUUGAAGAGCAAGCAUCCAGAAGCGUUGCAAAAAAUACACCCGAUCGAAGGUGAUUGUACACGGCUGAAGCUGGGAAUGUCCGCCGAGAGUAUGGAGCGAAUGAGCGAGGUGCAGUUUGUGUUCCAUGCUGCCGCCAGUGUACGCUUCGAUGACCCGCUGAAGGAUGCCAUCCUGAUCAACACCCGCAGCACGCGUGAGGUGCUAGAUUGGGCGAAAACGCUUCGCAAACUAAGGGCCGUGGUACACAUCUCGACCACCUACUGCAAUCCGGAGCUGAUGCGCGUAGAGGAGAAGAUCUAUCCGCCCAAGAUGGACUGGCGGGAAGCGAUCCGUAUGGCGGAAUCGUUCGAUACAGCCGUGUUGGAAACGGUCAAGGAGAAACUAACACAAUUUGCUCCGAACACGUACACCUACACGAAGGGUCUGGCGGAACAGAUUUGCUACGAAUACCGGCACGACAUACCGCUGGUCGUCUUUCGGCCGUCCAUCGUGACCAACUCGGAAAGUGAACCGCUCCCCGGCUGGGUGGACAACUUUAACGGUCCCAUUGGAUUGCUGCUUGGUUGUGCGUCCGGUGUCGUCCGGGCAGGACUGCUCGAUCUGGAGAAACGAAUCAACUGCAUUCCGGUGGAUGUGAGCAUCAAGGCUAUUAUAGUUGCUGCCUGGAAACGGGCCACGCUCGACGAACCGGGCACACUGUCGGUGUACAAUAGUGCCGCAGAGCCGGAGAAGACGAUAAACUACGGCACUAUGCUGUACGAUGGGAAGGUGCUGUUCGAUCGUACACCCUUAAGCAAUAUGCUGUGGGCUCCCGGAGGUACCACUACGUCAAACAAGUACUUGUUCUAUCUCAUCUUUUUCUGCUGCCAACUGUUACCGGCCAUACUUGUGGAUGCACUGUUACGCAUUGCCGGAAAGGCACCGUUUUUGUUGAAGCUGAAUCGCAAGAUUUUCGACGCACAAGUUUCCCUCAGAUACUUUAUGAACAACGAGUGGGUGUUUACAAACGAAAACUUUAAGGAGCUGGAGUAUACGUUAACAAACGACGAUAGAAAGGACUUUUCGACCCACUAUUUCGUGCUGGGAAUGAUGGAGUACUACGAGAGUGCUAUUCUGGGUGGCCGACGAUACUUGCUAAAGGAGCCGGAUGAAAAUAUUGCGGAUGCGCUGAAAAAGUACCGGCGUUUGCGUGUGUUGAACUUUACGCUUAAAUGUACGCUAGUGUUCUUAGCGAUGUACUGCAUGUACAGUAGGUACUUUGUGUAG